AUGGAUGUCGGAGAUACUUAUAUUCGUGAUUUUCUAAAUGACUUCAUAAAUGAUAUAAAGAUCAACCAAUCCGAAUAUUUGUCAUGUGGAAAUGGAUCAAACCUAACAUGUGAUGACCAUUGGACCAGCAACCAAGGCUCCGGCCAGAGGUCAAUUGGAUCAGAUGUAUUCACAUAUGUUACCCCCGUAAUAUUUGCAGUAGGAAUAACCGGGAAUGCAAUUUCUUUAUUAGUGUUUCUCACUAAAAACAUGAGGAAGUUAUCCGCAAGCGUAUACCUCGCUGCACUAUCAACAGCUGAUAUCAUGGCUUUGAUAUUCUAUGUCCUUGUUGAGUGGAUCAAAAAAGGAAUACCAGUCGGUUCUGGACAGGUAACAGCACCGUUUUUGGAAAGUAAUGGAGUUUGUCAGAUAAUUUUGUUCAUGUCGUAUUCUUUCCGUUUCCUUUCGGCUUGGCUGGUAGCAUGCUUCACAUUAGAGAGAUAUGUCGGAGUGUGUCACCCAUUAAAACGGAAAGACGUAUGUAAUCUACGUUCCUCUAAAAGAAUUGUUUUCUUUACUGUUAUAAUUUCUUUUGUGAUAGCUUCAAUCCGACCAUGGCUGAGCGAAGUGCUUGAUGUGGGGCCAAAUAAUGUUCCGUCGUGUACAAGAAGACCAGAACACAAAAACCUGUCUUUUAUCUAUGACUGUAUUUUCGUAGUGUGUAUUACUUUUCUACCAUUCCUAGUCAUAACAAUACUGAAUACUCUGAUCAUUCGGAAGUUGAUUAUUCGGAAUAAAAGACACAGGCAGGUGAAGAUCAUAACAGAAGAAAGCAUAAUACGAUUGGAAUUCACAAUAAUCUUAAUUACUAUAUCGUUCUGCUUCAUCGCGUUCAAUACACCAUAUGCCAUUAUAUGGUUCAAACAUUCACUGCAAAUGAGUUCGAUGCAAAUGGUAGAUAGUGUAUUCGUACCAACCAAUCAAAACUUAUUGAUUUUUACAAAGACAAUAUUUUUCAUGAACUAUUGCAUUAAUUUUUUCCUGUAUAGUAUAACAGGUGCCUACUUCAGGGAAGAACUCAAAAUGUUAUUUACUUAUAGAAGUAAAGUUUACCAAAAUUUUCACAAAUGUCCUCUCCCUAAUUCUCCAGGAUCAACUCCACAGUCGUGGGUCGCUUGA